UGCCCAAACAGAGAGAAGUUGUAGAAGAAAACAAGGCCCAUCAUCUAACUUAGACUGUAGCUUUCAAGGCAAAGUUACUGUGCUUAGAAUAUCAUCUGCCCAAACAGAGAGAAGUUGUAGAAGAAAACAAGGCCCAUCAUCUAACUUAGACUGUAGCUUUCAAGGCAAACAGCUCAGAAUGAAAUUACUACUGAUGUUAGGAGUGAGUUUAAUUGUGGUCAUUUGUUAUACUACAGCCGAUGAAGCAAGUAGACUAGGUCCAGAGGAAAGGAGAACUCUUUUAGAUGACGAUGUAUUCACAGAAGACGAUAACACGAGAAAUUACAAUAACAAUGCAAGACAACGCAACUGCGCUCGUGAUUACGAGGACUGCUCAACCAGGAACUGUUGCAAUGAAUGUACCCGCUGCUCUUGCGACCGCAGCGGAAGGAACUGCCAGUGCAACGGGAAAAGUGAACUUGCCAUGUUCAUAGGAUUGUGCCAUGGAUGAGCUAUGCUCAUUGCCAUCGUUGCUUAUAAAUUUUACUGUUGUAUGAACGUAUAUGUAAAAAGUGCCAUAUAUUCUUAUGUUUCCUAUCUGGAUAUGUUUUUAAAUCUUUCUAUUUAAUUGUUGUCUUUAAUUUUCUGUCACUCAAAAACUACAGCAUGUUAUAUUGUGAUAGAAUAUUACAUCACGUAAUGUGCUUGGUGCUAUAUGAAAACACUUGUGACUCUGCCCGUGGUUAUUGGAAUGAAUGUAAUGCAAAACUUUUUAUGUAAUAAAUGUUUUUAAGUAAA